AUGAAGGCGGGAGGCAGCGUCGUGGACAAGGCCGAGGGCGCCGCAGGCUACCACUUCCCGGACUGGGCCUACAAGACGGAGUCGAGCCCCGGCUCGCGGCAGAUCCAGCUGUGGCACUUCAUCCUGGAGCUGCUGCAGAAGGAGGAAUUCCGCCACGUCAUCGCGUGGCAGCAGGGCGAGUACGGCGAGUUCGUCAUCAAGGACCCCGACGAGGUGGCGCGCCUCUGGGGCCGCCGCAAGUGCAAGCCCCAGAUGAACUACGACAAGCUGAGCCGCGCGCUCCGCUAUUACUACAACAAGAGGAUCCUCCACAAGACGAAAGGCAAGAGAUUCACCUACAAGUUCAACUUCAACAAGCUGGUGAUGCCCAACUACCCCUUCAUUAACAUCCGUCCCAACGGUGUCGUCCCGCAGAGCGCCCCGCCGGUGCCCACGGCCUCGUCCCGCUUCCACUUCCCGCCGCUGGACGGCCCCUCUCCCACGGAGGACGCGCAGCCCGGGCGCUUCCCCGCGGGCCCGCUGGUGCCCCCGGGCGCCGAGGCGGCCGACGGGCGCCCGCUCGACGCCGAGCAUUCCUGGUUCACGGCAUUGCCAGUUUGUGGCAUUCCCAGCUCACGGCAUUCCCAGCUCAUGGCAUUCCUGGCUCUGGAAUAG